AAGAGAAAAGAAAAGACCCAAACUUUGAGAAACGACACCUUUCUUCUUCAUUCAUUCAUCAAAGCUUCCUUUUUAUCCAUUGCGCGUGAAGAAAGAGAGAGAUAAAGCAAAGGAGACAAUCUACAUUCCUUUUGUUGUUCCCCAGAUCACGAGAAGGUGACUAUUGGGUUCCUCUGUUUUCCCCUGUUUCAACCCUAAUUCCCCAGAAAAGUCGAUCUUUCCUUGCUUCUUUCCCUGAGAUAAUUCUGGGUUUGCGGCUCUGACUCCGUUGGAUUAAAGGGUUUUCUUCAAAGACGCAUUUUGGUUUCGAUAGAGGAUAAAAGUUUCCUCUUUUAAGUCGGCUUUGGAGUUGAUGGAGGCUCGUGUGGGGAACAAGUUUCGGCUCGGACGCAAAAUCGGGAGCGGUUCUUUUGGAGAGAUCCAUCUCGGUACUCAUCUUCAAACGAAUGAAGAAGUCGCCAUCAAGCUUGAAAAUGCCAAGACAAAACAUCCACAGCUGCUCUAUGAAUCCAAGUUAUACAGACUUCUACAGGGAGGAACUGGUGUUCCAAAUGUCAAGUGGUUUGGUGUUGAAGGCGACUACAAUGUUCUGGUCAUGGAUUUGCUUGGACCUAGUCUUGAAGACUUGUUCAAUUUCUGUAGCAGGAAACUUUCUCUCAAGUCCGUCCUCAUGCUUGCUGAUCAAAUGAUAAACCGUGUUGAGUAUUUCCAUUCGAAAUCUUUCCUUCACCGAGAUCUCAAGCCUGACAACUUCCUCAUGGGGUUAGGAAGACGCGCCAACCAGGUAUACAUCAUCGACUUUGGUCUUGCUAAGAAGUACAGGGAUAACACUACUCAUCAGCACAUUCCUUACAGAGAAAACAAGAAUCUCACUGGAACUGCAAGAUAUGCUAGUAUGAACACUCACUUAGGAAUUGAACAAAGCAGAAGGGAUGAUCUGGAAUCUCUUGGUUACAUUCUCAUGUAUUUCCUUAAAGGAAGUCUUCCAUGGCAAGGACUUAAAGCUGGAACCAAGAAACAAAAAUAUGAGAGAAUCAGCGAAAAGAAAGUCUCUACAUCCAUUGAGUCCCUAUGCCGUGGCUACCCAUCUGAAUUCGCAUCUUACUUCCAUUACUGCCGCUCCCUCCGGUUUGAUGAUAAACCAGAUUACGGUUACCUCAAAAGAAUAUUCAGAGAUCUCUUCAUCCGCGAAGGGUUUCAAUUCGAUUAUGUGUUUGACUGGACCAUACUGAAGUACCAACAGUCACAGCUAACAGCUCCUCCAACACGUGGCCCUGCGGCUGGAACCAGUUCGGGUUUGCCUCCAGGAUUGACCAGCAUGGACAGAUACGGAGGGGAGGAAGAUGGAGGGAGACCACCGAUGGAUUCAUCAAGAAGGAGAACAUCAGGAGCUCUCGAGAACUCAUCAGCUACUGUUAGAGCUCCAAUGAUGCCAAGCUCGUCGCUGUUCGGACAAUCAGCAGGAUCAUCGAGGAGAGUAACGUCUGAGGAGCUGCAGAGAAGCCGUACGGGCAGUGGAUUGAGAAACUCUGCGAUGGUUUCAACGUCGGAGAGGAAGAGAUCUUCUUCCACUAGGAAACAGUAUGAUUCUGCUAUUAAAGGCAUUGAGACUCUCCAUGUCUCUGACGAAAGGUAUCACCACCAUUGAUCUAUCGGUUAGAAAGAGAAA